AUGCGAGCCCAAGAGAUCCCGCCAAGCCUUGUGGCCUACAAUGCGACGAUGGCCACCUGUGAGAGCAGCAGCCAAUGGGAGAGGACUCUGUCACUCUUCCAGACCCUGCGUGACGACGGGCUACAGCCAACACAGGUGAGUGGUGAUGUUCUGCAGAUGGCGUGUGAAGCCGACUCGAAAUGGCGAUUUGCAGUGGAGCUGGCCGUGAGGACCCCAUAUGGCUCUGCUGGGGCUGCAGGCCUCGUGAGCUGCUGCGAAGCGGCUUUGGCAGCUGGCCCAGCGAUACGGGCAGUGCCUUCUGUCGCCGGGAAGGUUUCAGAACAGCUGCAGCGCCAGAACACCUCCAGCUUGUUCGUGGUUUUCCGGCACUCCGUGGUACAACUGCUGCUCCAGAGCUCUGUGCUUUGGUGGCGUCUUCUUUCGAGACUGCAGACAGCCCUGGAGGAGGGUCUUCUUGCCAACAUCGUGCUGAAUUCCGCUGCAGCUCGGGUGCUCCUCUCUGAGUCCUCGGCCUCUGGCGGCAUCGUUCCCGGGGACCGCGCGUGUCAGGAGCUCGCCAGUGCCCAUUGGCUUCCCCGAGCUCCUCGUAUGGGGCUGCUGCCCGUGGUCCUGGAAUCUGCAUCCGUGACAAGUGGCGAUUGGUCCAUAGCUAUGGGACCGGAGAUGGUUUGGCCUUCUCUGUCUGAUCAGGCGAGGAGGCAGCACGGCAUUCGUGGAACCCGAGAAAUCGCCGUCUCCUGA